CACAGUUUUGCUCACUGGUGGGCACUGGGGUGACCGUGCAGAUUAAGACGGAUGUCGUUUUCAGAGUUGCUAGCUAUUGCUCACUCCAUAAGAGCAGUUUGAAGAUCUCAAUCAUCCGAGCUUAACCUACCGGAUUCAUAUUUAUGUUUGUUUUGCUGGCAAAACAAGUCGAUGAUGGAGGCAGGGCAAAGAGAGGCGACCUCGUCAAAGUUUAGAAGAGAUAUGAGACAGAGGAUGGCCUAUAUGCUUCUUUUCUUGCAUUAUGGCUCGGUUGUUCUUCUGGGACUGUAUUCCAAGACAUGCUUGGGUGCACGUGAGCGCCAUCAUGUCUCCCUAAUUUCUGGGAAAAACUUGAAGGCAAGUCCAGCGGCUAAUUUGGAUGGGAUUUCCUGCUACGGCUUGGGCUCUUUUGAAUGUUAUAAACAAAGCUUUGAUAGAAAGCAAAUUUGUUAGACAUCCAACUGACAGAAAAAAACUACGUUUCUUCCUUGUAAGCCGGUAUCCCCAGCAAAACUAUGUCGCUUUCAGCCGGCUUUAUAAAAAGGUUGUUAAUUAGCAGGAGUGUCUGGUACUUUCUUAGUCUGAAUCCUCGAGUCAAAAAGAGUCAGUCAACAGUCUACAAGGAUGAAGUGACCAUUUAGCAAUCGUCAGGACCCCGCGUCUCUAGUUGACUCUGCAGAACAAUCUUCACCUUUCAGUGUACUUCUUUCAAAUGAUCAAAUCGCUCGAUGCCCAUCCGUGUAACGAUGAUGAUUAGUACCUUGAGACAUACUAUCAUCCAAUGCGUCUUAUACUACCUUUCCCAAAUAAUCCAACAGCAACCUGACAAGGGACAACUUGCUAGGAAUCCCAUAUUUUUAGUCCAAGUGGAGUGCCAACAACCGCUUCCAGCUGAUUCAGGGGUCGCCGGCAAGCACAUAAUCCAAAUUAAUCACGCGCUCAUAUGCACCUGCCCUGUUGAUUUCCACAUUACCGUUAAAUUGGAAGCAUGUGUGCUAACAUAUUAAUUGCCAGAGAUAGUACGCUCCGAGUUGCAGAUAUCAUCUGCUUUGGCUGGAUAGGACCCCAACCAAACCAUUGUUCUAUGUCCUGGAAGCUAGCUCAUGACUUGCAACAAUGACUUGCAGAUAUCAUUGCUGGAAGCCUGGAACAAUGACUUGCAGAUAUAAAUAUUGAGUUUCAGGCAGAUUUUCCAGAAGGUCCAAAAUCCAUUAUGUUCUGGUGUUGCAUACCUUACCUGCUCCUCCGUCCGUAGCAUCCAGCACGGUUGCAUUGCCGCCCAUUAUGAUAUCAUAGCCUGUUGCUCCAAUCCCCUGCCAUUUAAAUUUUAAAGUGAGUGAGGUACUGCAACACACCCCGUAAUUAAACAUCCUCUUGCAAAGCUAGAGCUUCCAUCGAUCUCGAUAGCUGAGUAAUGGUGUCUUCGGGUGCCUUCUUGUUUCCGGGCCGCUGUCGAUUUCUCUACCUCUUCUUGGGUUUCUUCUGCAGCCUGCCAUUACUAGGCAUCUGCGAUGAAUCAGAGAGCGACAGGCAAGCCCUCCUUUGCUUCAAGUCCGGGAUCUCGGCAGCCGCCAGAGUUCUAUCUUCAUGGAGCAACGCGUCCAUGGAGUUCUGUGACUGGCACGGGAUAACCUGCAGCGUGACACCACCCAGGCGUGUCGUCGCGCUGGACCUUGAAUCCCAAGGUAUCUCGGGCUCCAUAGCGCCUUGCAUCGCCAACCUCACUUGGCUGGCAAGGCUCCAGCUGUCCAACAACAGCUUCAGUGGUGGCCUGCCGUCGGAGCUUGGCCUCCUGAGCCGGCUCACCAACCUGAACCUCAGCAUCAACGCUUUGGAAGGUAACAUCCCGCCUGAACUCUCUGCGUGUUCCCAGCUCCAAAUCGUGGGCUUGUGGAACAAUUCCCUCCAUGGAGAGAUCCCACCCACCCUCGGCCAAUGCAAGUGCCUUCAAGAGAUUAACCUUAGCAAUAACAAGCUCCAGGGAAGUGUCCCUCCUGCUUUCGGAGACCUUCCUGAGCUGCGCAUACUAGUCCUCGCCAGCAACACACUUACCGGCAACAUACCGCCGUCUUUGGGCAGCAGCCGCCAUCUCACAUAUGUUGAUCUUGGGAUCAAUGCUCUCGGAGGGGUCAUACCGGAGUCCUUGGCAAAUAGUUCAUCUCUUCAAGUACUUAGGCUCAUGAAGAAUAAUCUUACUGGAGAACUCCCAAAGGCUCUCCUCAACACUUUGUCACUUGUUACCAUUUGCCUCGAAAAGAACAGUUUUGUUGGUUCGAUACCUUCUGUCACUGUCACAUCUUCCCCUAUUAAGCACCUCUCUUUAAGGUUUAACAAUCUUUCAGGAGGAAUACCUUCCUCGCUAGGGAACCUUUCGUCCCUAGUUCAUCUUCUUCUUACAGACAAUCAUUUAGUUGGGAGCAUCCCAGAGAGCUUAGGUUAUGUUCCAACACUAGAGAUAUUGACCUUGACUAUGAACAACUUAUCUGGGCUGGUUCCACCGUCUAUCUUCAACAUGUCAUCCCUGAAAAGUCUUGCCAUAGCACAAAACUCACUUGUCGGCAGAUUACCCUUUGACGUCGGCUACACCCUCCCAAAUAUCCAGGACUUAAUACUCACAGAAAACAGUUUUGAUGGACCAAUCCCAGACUCUCUUCUCAAAGCUUACCACCUACGCUGGCUUUACCUGAAUAAUAAUAGCUUCACUGGAUCCAUACCAUUUUUCGGCUCAUUGCCAAAUUUGGAGGAACUCGAUUUGGGACACAACAAGUUAGAUGCAGAUGAUUGGGGCUUUGUCUCUUCACUAUCUAAUUGCUCCAGGUUGACCAUGCUGGCCCUGGAUGGGAACAAUCUCAAAGGGAAAUUGCCAAGUUCUAUUGGCAAUCUUUCAGAUAGUCUUGAGUGUUUGUUUCUAAGUAGCAACAAAAUUUCAGGACCUGUACCGCUGGAGAUUGGCAACCUUCAGAGCCUCAGUAGCUUGUACAUGAAUUACAAUCUUCUCACCGGUAAUAUACCGCCAACAAUUGGGAAAUUGCACAGCUUGGUCUAUCUAUCCUUUGCAAAAAACAGGCUUACAGGUCAGAUUCCAGAUACUGUUGGCAAUCUUGUCCGACUGAGUAUGCUGGAAUUGGAUUAUAACAACUUAAGUGGAAGAAUUCCUGCAAGUAUAGCACGAUGCACUCAACUCGCCAUACUCAACCUUGCUCACAACUCACUAGAUGGGCGUAUACCAAGUGGAAUCUUCAAAAUCUCUACGCUUUCUGAAGAGUUGGACUUGUCAGACAACUUCUUGUCCGGAGGAAUGCCAAAUGAAGUUGGCAAUCUCAUUCAUCUGCAGAAAAUUAACAUGUCAAAUAACAGGUUGUCCGGAAACAUUCCAUCAUCCCUCAGCCAAUGUGUUGUUCUGGAGUAUCUUGGGAUGCAAGGCAACUUCUUUGCAGGAAGCAUUCCACAAUCAUUUGCCAACUUAAUCAGCAUAAAACAGAUGGAUGUUUCUAGGAACAAUUUGUCUGGAAAAAUACCAGAGUUCCUCAAAUCCAUGAAAUCACUGCAAGACCUCAAUUUAUCCUUCAACCAUUUUGAUGGAGCAGUUCCCACAGGCGGUGUUUUUGACAUCACUGGAGCAGUGUCAAUCGAAGGAAAUUAUCAGCUGUGUACAGGCAUCCCAACGAGAGGUAUGUCUCUUUGUUCAGAAGUGGUUGACAGGAAAAGAAAGCAGAAGCUACUGAUUGUAGUUCUAUUGCCAACUGUUGUUGCCACUGCAAUCCUUUUCUCCUUUAUUGCAACAAUUUGUCGGAGGAAAAGGAUGAAAGCCAAUCCCCAUUUGCAACAUGACAAUGAGCAGAUAAAGAUAGAGAAGAUAUCAUAUGAAAAGGUAACAUAUAAAGACUUGGUAAGGGCAACUGAUAGAUUUUCUUCAGCAAACUUAAUUGGUUCUGGAUCAUUUGGAAGGGUUUAUAAGGGCAAUCUGCAGUUUCAAGAAGAUCAAGUUGCCAUCAAGAUUUUUGAUCUUGACAUUUAUGGGGCACAUCGGAGCUUCAUAGCAGAGUGUGAAGCCCUAAGAAAUGUUCGCCAUCGGAAUCUUGUAAAAAUCAUUACCUUAUGCUCUUCAGUGGAUCAUAAUGGGGCAGAUUUCAAGGCCCUAGUGUUCCCAUACAUGCCAAAUGGGAACCUAGAAAUGUGGCUACAUCUAAAAGACCCUGAAAAUGGUGAAAGGAGUAUUCUGACUUUAAGCCAAAGGACUAACAUAGCCUUGGAUGUAGCACUUGCUUUGGAUUAUCUUCACAACCAAUGCGCACCUCCAGUUAUACAUUGCGACUUGAAGCCAACCAAUAUCCUUUUGGGUCUUGACAUGGUUGCGUACGUCAUUGACUUUGGCCUAGCAAGAUUCUUGUUCAGGACAGAAAAUGCACAUCAAGAUAGUUCAGCAACUUUGAGCCGCUUAAAAGGAACCAUAGGAUACAUCCCACCAGAGUAUGGAAUGAGCGAAGAGGUAUCAACCAAGGGUGAUGUCUAUAGUUUCGGAGUGCUUCUGUUGCAACUGAUAACAGGGUGCAGUCCAACUGAAGAAAAAUUUAAUGAUGGUAUAAGCCUUCAUGAAUUUGUUGAUAGAGCAUUCACAAAGAAUAUUCACGAGGUUGUUGACCCCACAAUGCUACUUGAUAACAGCAGUGCAACUGACAUGAUGAAGAAUUGUGUUAUUCCACUUUUAAGAAUAGGCCUCUCUUGCUCCAUGAAAUCAGCCAAAGAGCGGCCAGAUAUGACUCGAGUUUCUACCGAGAUCCUUAGAAUAAAGCACAUGGCCUCGUACACAUGCAUGUCAGAUGAAGCAAAGAAUUGGCAGGAAAGUAGCUAGCAACAGAAGUUCAUGUAAAGAAUAGUAUAAUGUACUAUCUUGUUUUUUCCUUUCUGAAUCCAGUUUUGAGUCAUUUCAGAGGUAGCUAAUGCAUCCAUGUCAAAUGGCUUUGCACAGCUUUGUUUCUGCUAAUGUAUGUUUUUCAAAUCUAUACAAAAUAGGAAACAUGUCCUUUUAAGUUUUAAUUUACAGCAAAGUAUCUACUCAUACAUG